AUGGGGAAUCCGUCGUCGGAUGAUUUUUCAGUGAUGGUUCUGGCGUCGGAUCUAGGUGUCGACGCCCGUCCCUUUCUAUCAAACCCGCCGCCGGAAGAAGAGAAUUGGCACGAUUGCCCUUCCAUUCUCCCCUCCGCCGACGAUCAAAGCCUAGAUUUUUCCGCCCUCGACUCCCUCAGCAUCUUUCGCCGUGAAAAUGGCUGUGAUAAGUCCGGCAACCGUAUCUUCCGCAUCGUUGGAAAGUAUUUUGCUCUUGUCAUCCCUGGAGAAAGGCUUAAGAAGUAUGUCUUCCAUAAGAUUUUGACAGAGAUGGAUGAAGGCCCUUUCUGCAUUGUGUACAUGCAUAGUACCGUGCAGAAAGAGGACAACUCACCUGGUCUUACGAUGCUUCGGUGGAUAUAUGAGGAACUACCUGAUGAAUACAAAGACAGGCUUCAGGCUGUCUACUUCAUUCAUCCAGGACUUCGAUCGAGACUUGUCUUUGCCACUCUUGGGAGACUUCUUUUAAGUGAAGGACUAUACUGGAAAAUCAAAUAUGUAAGCCGCCUUCAGUAUCUCUGGCACGAUAUAAAGAAGGGACAGGUUGAGAUCCCGGAGUUUGUUCAACAACAUGACGAUAUCCUGGAACACAGACCACUAACAGAUUAUGGCAUCGAACCAGAUCCCAUGCAUUUAAUGGAGGUCCCUUUCACAGCUUAUUCAUUUGGGAGGUACGACAUGGGAUGGUCGUCCAGAGAAGGUAGUUCUUAG